CGAUAUUGAUACAGAUUAACAAUUUCUAUUUAACCAAUGAAUUGAAAUCGAAAAUCAAAAGUAUACUUAAAGAUCUUUACGAAUAUUUACUUAAUAUCAAAACACAUCAAUACAAUUCUAUAAUUGAAAAUAAAAGAAUCUUUUUCGAAAAAAUUCAAUUUAUUUUUCAACGAACGGAAAAAAGCUAUUCAAAUUAAUUUUGAUAAUAAUUUAAUGAAUAAGCACAAAUAUGAAAAUCUUAUUGAUCUAUUAUAUAAAAAUAUGAACUUUUUAAAUAAAAUUCAUGUGCUAAACAACGUAGAUAUUGAUGUUUUUGUUCAAAAUCUCUAUGAGAAAUUACGUUUUCAAAAUAUAACAAAUCUUAAUCAACAUGCAAAAGAAAGUUCAAGUGAAACGAUGGGAUUCAUUUGAAAGAGACUGGAAUAAAAAUAUUGGUUUUAUUCAUUUAAUAACAAGACAAAUCAAUGAUAUUGAAAAAUUCGAAAUAAAAAAUGGGAAGAAAAUUUUUCUUAUGAAACAUGAUCAAAAUCAAUAAACAAUUUAUUUUCGUAAUAAACAAGAUUUUGAAUUUUGAAAAUAUCGAUUAGAUAAAAAAGAUGUUAUUGAAAUGAUCGAUAGUUUGAAAUUAGAUAAUGAAGAAAAAAUAUUAUCAAAAGAAAAUGAUGAAUAAAUGUAUUUUUAAAGAAAUUGAAUUGAUCAACGAAUUUACACAGUAUGUUUUACACCAAAUAUAUUGUCAUUGAAAAUAUAUUUUAUCUUUGAUAAUAUAACUACUAUUAAAAAUAUUCAAGAGAAAUUCAAAGAUCAACCAUAAUUAUCAACAGUAUUAGAUUAACAAAAAUUGACCAUACCUUCAAUUUUUAAAACAAUGUGUCGCACAAUUUUUGGCUGACAAGCAAAAUGAUAUUAUAAUCAAUUUCUAGAAAAUUUUAACAGAAUUUGUUGAUUUAUUAAUUAAAAUAGCAAAGAAAGAGUUUGAUUUUUCGUCCAAAGUUGAAUUUGAAGAUUUUAUCGUUGAAAAUUUAUCUGUAGAGUUGCAACAAAAUGAUCAUCGAAGAAAUCAAUUUUUAUAUGAAAUUAUUCGAAAAACUAAUCAAAUACAUAAACGAAUUUAUUUCAAUGAAAUUCUAAUUCUAUACGAAAAAUCUAACGAACAAAUUUUAACUUCUAUCGAUUCAUUAUGUACAGAUUUAAAUAAAACAGAAUUAAAAGAAAAUUUUCAAUUAUUUUUCAAAGAUUUAGUUUACAAUGUUUAUUUGAAAUUAUUUGAUUAUAUUGAUCAAAUCUAUAUCAUAUCAUUAGAUCGAUUAAAGAUUACAGAUAAAUAUCAAAACUAUGUUGAAGUGACGAGAUUGAUCAAUGAAUUUUUCAAUAAUAUCGAUUACAAAUCAGAUGUUGAAAUUUUUCUCGAAAAAUCGACUUUAUUCUUCAAUUAUCUGCAAAAGCAAUGUCCAAUAAUGGCAAGUGGACUUAAUAAUGUCGAAAAUCUAUCGAAUGAAAUUAGUAAGAUUUUAAAUGAAUUAAAAACAAGUUGUACAAUUUUCGAUAGAUGUUCAUUACGAAAAGUCAUGUCAAAUGACAAUCUAACCAAUUUUGAUCAAUAUAAAGAUGAAAUAAUUCUAAGAAAAAUUAAAGAACAAACAUUUGAAAUUCUAUAUCAACAUUUACAAGAUAAUCAAAUUGAUUCUUUUAUUUUAACUCAAAUUAAACAUAAAGAAUUAUUUGAAUUAUUAAAUGAAAUAGAUUCAUUUAUUGAAGAUAAAAUUGAAUUAGAAAAAUAUAAUCAACUUUAUUCCAUAAUACAAACUAGGGGAUUAUCAAUACCGAUACUCAGACGGUAUCGGUAUUGA